AUGUCUCUUGCACGUCCCAACCCCCGGUUCCUCGCUCGCACAAACCGCAUUUUUGCGUCACAGACACGAGGCUACGCUGCGCCUGGCGACGGUGCAAUUCCUGCUGCAAAGAAGAAGUAUAUCCCGACGUCCGGCACAUACCCUCUUGGCUUCAAGGCUGGUAGUGCACACGUUGGCGUGAAGGCUUCGAACACCCGAUUCGACGACCUCGCACUCAUUGCAUCCGAUUCACCAUGCGCCGGUGCCGCCGUGUUCACUACGAACAAGUUCCAGGCUGCGCCUGUUACCGUGAGCCGCAACCUGCUGAAGAGCAGGAAGGGCGAGGGUAUCAGGUCUGUCAUCAUCAACAGCGGGUGCGCAAACGCCGUGACAGGAAAAGGUGGCAUUGAAGAUGCUACGUUGAUGGGCAAAGAGACGGACAAGGCCUUCAUUCAGGAUAGCAAUGGCGAAUACGAUGGCCGAAGUCGAAGCAUCGUCAUGAGCACCGGUGUUAUUGGCCAGCGACUACCGGUCCAGAAGAUCGUCUCGAAGAUUCCCACCGCAUACUAUAACCUCGGGGAUACACAUGAGCACUGGCUGGGCACCGCGAAAGCUAUCUGCACGACCGAUACGUUCCCCAAGCUUGUCUCCAAGACCUUCACACUGCCAAGCAGCCAGGACGAGUAUCGCAUCGCCGGUAUGACCAAGGGCGCAGGCAUGAUCCACCCCAACAUGGCUACCCUCCUGGGUGUGAUCUGCACUGACGCCCCUGUGGCUGCCGAUCCCCUACAGACAGCAUUGACAUCUGCGAUCUCGAAGUCCUUCAACAGCAUCUCCAUCGACGGUGACACAUCCACCAACGACACCGUCGCCAUUCUCGCCAACGGAGCAGCCGGCGGCAAGACCAUCUCCACCACAUCAUCUCCCGACUUCGACGCCUUCCAGAAGACGCUCACCGACUUCGCCAUCGAUCUUGCCAAACUCGUUGUCCGCGACGGCGAAGGCGCAACAAAGUUUGUCACCAUCCGUGUCACCAACGCCGCGACCUACAAGGACGCGCACCGUGUCGCCUCAACAAUUGCUCGUUCGCCACUUGUCAAGACAGCCUUGUACGGUAAAGACGCAAACUGGGGCCGCAUUCUGUGCGCCACCGGGUAUGCCGAGAACGUCGACUCUGUGAUUCCCGAAGAGACCAGCGUGAGCUUCAUUCCCUCGGACGGAAGCGAGGAGUUGAAGCUGCUGGUGAAGGGUGAACCCGAGCAGGUUGACGAGGAGCGUGCGGCCAAGAUCUUGGAGGCGGAGGAUUUGGAGAUCAAAGUCCAGCUUAGUGAGAAGAAGGCGUACAAGGAGGAGGCGGUGUUCUGGACGUGCGAUUUCUCUCAUGAGUAUGUUACUAUCAACGGGGAUUACCGGACAUGA